AUGUCUCUCACCGAUUCGGAACUGGAGCUGGUCAGCUCGCAGCUGCAGCGGGAGAAUGACGACAUCCCCGAGGAGCCCGACAUGAUCCUCUCAUCAGACGCCGAGAACGGCCAGUCGUUUGCUCCACCACCACGGAUCGCUGCCCGCUUCUAUCGCCAUACAAGCAACCGUCGCAAGUCUUCGGCUACCUCGUCCCGCCGAAACUCGCUGUCGUCGACACACUCGCACACAUCCAACCGAUCGUUUCGCAAUAGCUGUCAGAGCCACCAUGUUGCGCAGCACCUUCGCCGUGCGUCCAUACUCGAAGAUCGCAAGGCGAGGCUAGCAGACCGCGCAGCGCAUGCUGAGCAGGUCAGGCUGCGUGCUGCAUUGGCCAAGGCUACUCCACGUGGCUCAAAUAGUGAAGAGAGAGCGUUGGCAGCACAACAGGCUCGCGAGAAACAUCUGGCACAAGUAGCGGCUUCCUGUGCCGAGGAAGUGAGAAGAGCCAAGAAGAUUGCUGAAGACAUGAAAGAGCGCAAGGCCGCUGAGGAACGACGAUACCGCACCGAGAUGGAGGAGAAGCUAGCAGAGGCCGAGAAACGGAGGCUGGAGUACAAGCGCAACCCCAGACGACCACGGACUGCUAGCUCACCCCCAGCCGACGUCCGAAGACCCACUGAGCGUCCCAUCGUGUCCUCGGAAGAUGCUGCAAAGAGGAUUCAGGCUGCCUGGAGAGGCAAAGUUAGGAGCAAUAUUGUCACAGAAUGGCUACAGCUCGGUCUUUCCAUCGAGAUGGUUCAAGAGACCAGUUUCGAAGUCAUUACGGGCAUGCUCGCAGACGAGAAGCUACUUAGGACGACCGAUAGAAUCAUGACCCUGUUCGUGUUGCUCCCAGACGCAGAUCCAGCCUCCCGCAGCGCAGCCGUCCGAACCUUCCUCUCCGCAUACCUUAUCCUGGGGCACCCUACACAUGUUUUCAGCCGAGACGGCGACCAGGAACAGGAUCUCAUUACCAAGGCUAAAGACCUUGUCAUCAGUUUCGAGUCUGCUUUGGCAAAACUGACAAAGCUCAACUCCUACACUCCCUCACCCACGCGUACAGAAACCGUACUGCUAGCCCACGGUGCUUUCGUUACCGCUUUCAACGACUGGAAAGCUCGCGACUCCUCCGCGCUCAUCGAGACAAUGGUGGCUUCAUUUGUCAGCCUCGACGAGAUAUGGCAAAGCGUUAAGGACGCGACAGUGGAUGAGGUCGCAAAUGAGUACAGGAAUGGCAUCAGGGAUAACCAGGCUAUUCUACUUAGUAGAAUUAAGAAGUUGGCGGGGCCUGACAAGGCUCUUACCUUGAUCAGAAAGGCCAUACGCGAAAGCCGAAGGUCAAGACCAAAGAAGAGGCUCGCUGGAGAUACUGUACGACCGCGUGUUGCAAGCGACUCAACACCAGAGUCCCCGCUGUCAGCCGAUAGUGCUGCCAAGCAGGUUGAGGCCGCUUCAGAGCUUGCAGCUUCUGGACAAUCUGGGUUCCAAGAUUCCACUGCUCAAGGUCAUCAGGCACAGUCGCUAUCAAAGGUCUUUACGGUCGUGCCCGAUAAUCGCAUCCUAGUUCACGAGCUGUCUAUCGACAAAGACUACCGAAUCGAUCCUUCGCCGACUGCCGGCCUACGCGAUGCUCUCAACCGUGAGCUAUGCGACGCCAUGCGACGAGGAUUUGAGGAGGGCGACAGCACAAACUGGACUGCUGCCAUGGCGGAGAAUAUACGGGGCAAGCUAUUGCGACUUCUAAAACCUGGCAAUUCGAUGCAUACACUCAUCUCCGAGACUCUGGACCCCGAGCAUGUCAGCAGGCAGUGUAGUCAAGGUGUCUUCUCUUAUGGGAAGUUCUUCGACUUCAUUGCUAGCAUUCUCCCUAAGCUUUGCGCACCCUUCCGCGACACCGAGGUUCAGUCACUUGCUGAAGAGCUGCAGGAAGAAGGUGAACUUUCAAGCAUGAUCGAGAAGCUCUUCAAGAUCUUGCAUGUCAUCGAUCUUUUGUCAUUGGACUACUCAAACUUCCUGUUGAUGAAUGCCGCACCAACACUCAUCAAGGAGGCUGUUGGUUACGAGGAACGCAUGUUUACUCAAGAUCUGGAAGAGAACAACCUUACCCUCGAUCGCACACGCCGAUGGUGGCGUAGCGCAGCAGUCAACAUGCAUACCGAAGCUGACCGUCGCGAUCCUUGGAGUCAGGCCAAUCCAAUCAACCGCCCUACAGCGCACAAGAUCUACGCUCGUGGUCUGGUUGACCUCGCAAUUGCUACGCCACCGCUGCGAAAGUCCGAAUUGCCAGAAACGCUCGAACUGGAUCGUGCACGUAUCUCCCGUAUCCGCGAAGACGCACUUCGCAUCACAACGAUCGGCGGUAUCUUGCUUACUGCAAAGAACCUGCUCAAGCGCGAUGUGCGCGCACAGUGGAAGUCUGAAGCGAACAAGAUGUGGUUAGUGUUGAAGGAAAACGGAUACAUGUCUGAUCCUUCCACCCCUUCGAAGAUCUCCUCUCUUCUCGAGUCGUCUCGGAAUAUGCCACCUUCCACGCGGUCCCAGCUCUCCUCCACCAUCACGCGUCUCCUUACGCAAGCCGAAGCCGGCAAGCUGUCCGACCCUGUGAUGAAAGUCUUGUUCCAAAGACUCAAGACUCAUAUUUUCAACCGUGUGAGCGCCAGCAGUUCUGGUGAACGCGUCAAAGCUGCUAGUACCGCCACAGAAGGGCUUGCCACUACUGGUCUGCCGGAGUUUGUAUCUCAGGUUGCGGAUAUCUGUGAGCAGCUAGGCAAGGUCGGCGAAGUAGACCGCAAGUGCCAUGGCAAGUGGUAUGAAGAGAUCGCCGAAGAGAUGGAGAGGCUAGGUCUCGAGGGAGGCGAGGAGCUCACGAGGAGUUCGAGCGUGGAUAGUGAAGCUGUCGCAUCGACGAGUUCGGAAUCUUCCGUGUAA